AUGGUACACAACAUCCAAGGACCUGGUAUGGAAGUCGUCGAUAGCCAUGGAGUGCAUACAAAGAACUGGGUCAUCCCUAAAGCCCUUCUAAGCCAUCACUCUGGGUUCUUUCGAGCUGCCUGCAAUGGACCGUUCAAAGAAGGAAUCGAGAACAAGAUCACGCUACAUGACUGUCGGCCAGAAGUCUUCGAAGCCUUUGUGUAUUGGCUAUAUUUCGCGACCUUACCAGAUGAUAAGCCGGAGUGGGAUUACAUACACGGUAGCUUUUGUCUUUGGAUACUUGGCGAUCGACUCCUAGUCGCGGACUUCAAGAACGCCGCUAUGCGGGAUCUCUACGACGUACAUGUAGCCUCGGAACUACCUGUCGAGCCCCAGGAAAUUGAGUACAUCUGGAAACACACUGCCGAUAAGUCUACACUUCGUCGUUGGGUACUAGACUAUGUAUCUUUGAACUGGAAGGAGCACUGCAAAUGGUAUGCACAGUCGACACGGACAUGGUUAUUCAGGGAUACCCCGAACUUCGGAAACAGUCUGCUGCACCGUCUUGGUGCUGAGAAUGCAAAGUUGGACCUGGAGAAUUACUUGGAAGAGACUGAGAAGACAGCCUACGACGAGCCAGAUGCGAAAAGGCAGUGA